CACACACACACACACACACACACACACACACACACACACACACACACACACACACACACACACACACACAGUUAUUCACGAACACUCACACUCUGUAGGAAACCAACCAUAAGUAGACCACGAGGAGACCGGACCAGACAGGAGGAAGGAUUUUUGCUACCUGGACUUACGUACAGGACGCCCAGACUGUCCCUUGGAUCUAUCAACCAUGACAACGGCUGUCCCCUUCCUCCUCUCCUUAGUCCUAGUCCUCACCAACGGUCAGUAUUACUACCAGGGUCUCAUGGAUUAUCUGGAGAACAGAUUCCUUGCCAUUGAGGAUCGUAUGCUCAUAUGGCACGAGCAGUCGAACCGCUACAACACAGAGCUGCGGCACUUCAAGAAGCAGACUGCUGAGUUUAUAAAGGGACUAAACCAGGACCACGGGACCCUGCGCCAAGACCUGGAAGGGACAGGGGUACGAGUGGACCGCGUCGAGAGAGAGAUGGACUACAUCGAAACCCAAAACCCCGCUAAGCCCUGUGUGAACCAGGCAGACAGAAUGGUGGAUGUGGACCUGGAGGUGAAGGAGCGGGUGAAGGAGAGGAAGAGAGGGGGAGAGGAAGAUGGGUACUCCAGAGUCUUGGAUUGUGUAGACAUCAUCUCCAGCAUCAGAGCCAUGAAGAUCCUGAAGAGGAUGGGGAGCCCCAAGGGCAUGUGGACUAAAGACGCCAGGACCUCUAAGGUCUACGUCUUCAACGGCACGGCAGAGGACACCGUGUACCAGUUCAGCUCUGUUCUAGACUUCUCGUCCUCCCCAGGAGUGGCCCACAGCAGGCCUAUAAGACUGCCCUCUCUGUGGAGUGGCACCGGAUGUGCCGUCUACAAUGGCUAUGCCUACUACGUGAUGGAGGGGGCCGACGAGCUCCAGGUGAUUAAGUAUGACCUGGCGAAUGGCACAUUGGCAGACAGUGCUGUGUUCCCAGUGGAGGUGGCAGACCAUAGACCCGUCUACAGCCUCAACCCAGAGACUGCUGUGGACCUGGCUGCCGAUGAGGAAGGCCUCUGGGCCCUUUACACCACCAGGGAGAGUGAGUCCAUCAACCUGGCUAAGAUGGACCCUGACAGCCUGGAUAUCGAGCAGAUGUGGGAUACACAGUGUCCCCAGGAGAACGCGGAGGCAGCCUUCGUGGUCUGUGGGACGGUCUAUGUGGUCUACAACACUAGGGUGCCUAGUCGCUCUCGUGUUCAGUGUGUGUUUGACGUAAACGAUGCGGUGACCAAUGAGGAGGCUCCGCUACUGUAUUUCCCCAGGAGGUAUGGACUCCAUGCCAGCCUAAAGUACAACCCUCAGGAGAAACAGAUCUAUGCCUGGGACGACGGCUACCUGAUCCUUUACAAACUGUCCAUGACGAGGAAGCUAAUGGUUUAAGUGGAUGGACUAGUGGGCAUUUUAGUCAAAUAACAUUUUAGUCCGAGAAACGGACGGAAAACAUUCUAACAUGAAGACUAUCACUGGAGACAUAUAUUUGUUUUUUGACACCACUCACCCCACUGUCCAUACUGUAUACAUUGUCUCGACAGGAAAAUGUACCUCUGUGUUUUUUUACUUGAAAUAAUGCAUUGAAUUACUGUACUGUAGGUGCCCGUUACCAAACAUAUUAUUGCUACCCCAGUUUGAUAUAAAGUUGAUGUUGAAUGGAGCUCUGAAUUAGAUUGGAAUCGUAAUAUGUCCGCAACAACUGGAUUUAUUCGGGGCAGAGAUCAGAAACGGUGUAUAACUGAAUGCCUUGAUGGAAUGUAUGGCCCAGCUCUCCUCAAGAUUUAAUUUGGCUAUUUGCAUUCCACUUGUUUUAGUUCAUCCAAUUUACUCUUCCCUGCUGCUUGCUUCCUUUGUUGUUCACUUUGACAUACGUAGUCGUGAAAGUGACAGUCUCCGGCUAAAGUUCAUCGGCACAAUCAGAGAAAAAUAUAAAGUCACAAAAACUUUACAGAGGAGAAAUCUUACAUGAAUAAAAAAUUAUAAUAUUAUGUGUGCCACCAUAAUUCAUCAUACACAACCGUUCAAAAGUUUGGGUGUCACUAAGAAAUGUCCUUGUUUUGGAAAGAAAAGCACAUUUUCUGUCCAUUAAAAUAACAUCAAAUUGAUCAGAAAAAGAGUGUAGACAUUGUUAAUGUUGUAAAUGACUAUUGUAGCUGGCAACGGCAAUUUUUUUAAUGGAAUAUCUACAUAGGCGUACAGAGGCCCAUUAUCCACAGCCAUCACUCCUGUAUUCCAAUGGCACGUUGUGUUAGCUAAUCCAAGCUAGAAAACCCUUUUGCAAUUAUGUUAGCACAGCUGUAAACUGGCAGCUUCAUUAAAUAGUACCCGCAAAACACCAGUCUCAACCUCAACAGUGAAGAGGCGACUCCGGGAUGCUGGCCCUCUGGGCAGAGUUGCAAAGAAAAAGCCAUAUCUCAGACUGGCCAAUAAAAAGAAAAGAUUAAGAUGGGCAAAAGAACUGACACUGGACAGAGAAAUUCUGCCUAGAAGGCCAGCAUCCCGGAGUCGCCUCUUCACUGUUGACGUUGAGACUGGUGUUUUGCGGGUACUAUUUAAUGAAGCUGCCAGUUGAGGACUUGUGAGGCAUCUAUUUCUCAAACUAGACACUGAAAUGUACUUGUCCUCUUGCUCAGUUGUGCACCGGGCCUCACACUCCUCUUUCUAUUCUGGUGAGAGCCAGUUUGCUCUGUCAUUGUACGAAAUCUUCUGUUUCUUAGCAAUUUCACGCAUGGAAUAGCCUUAAUUUAUCAUCACAAAAAUAGACUGACGAGUUUCAGAAGAAAGUUAUUUGUUUCUGGCCAUUUUGAGCCUGUAAUCAAACCCAGAAAUGCUGUUGCUCCAACUACUCAACUAGUCUAAAGAAGGCCAGUUUUAUUGCUUAUUUAAUUAGGACAGCAGUUUUCAGUUGUGCUAACAUAAUUGCAAAAGGUUUUUCUAAUGAUCAAUUAGCCUUUUAAAAUUAUGAACUUGGAUUAGCUAACACAACGUGCCAUUGGAACACAGGAGGGAUGGUUGCUAAUAAUGGGCCUCUGUACGCCUAUGUAGCCUCUGUAGAUAUUCCAGCUACAACAGUCAUUUACAACAUUAACAAUGUCUACACUGUAUUUCUGAUCAAUUUGAUGUUAUUGUAAUGGACAAAAAAUGUGCUUCUCUUUCAAAAACAAGGACAUUUCCAAGUGACUCCAAACUUUUGAACGGUAGUGUACAUCUUUAAAUGUAACUUUGCACCACCAUAAUUCAUAACUUCUGUCUUUCGUUCUUGCAAAAUAAAUUGAAAUGAAACAAAAAUGUAAAUACGCAACAGAUAAUUCGUUUUUUUGUUCAAUUUAUUACACAUUGGACCUCAUGUUAUGAGUCAUUAACAAUUCAGGAUUUAAACGGAAACAGAAAUAAAUCAACCCUAACAGGCGUCAAUUACAAGAACAGUUGUCAAAACAGUUAUAUUACAAGUACAAAUCUGCAAUACAAAAUUGGAAAGUCCGUGCCGUCCAUGACGAAUGGACAGGAUACAAGAUCAUAUUGAGAAACACAACAAUAAUAAUAACAACAGAUAAAGGUCUUUAAAACAGUACAUAAACUGAGGCUAAAUGUAUAUAACAUGAUAUCAUUACGUACUAUGGAUACAAACACACUAGUCCAUAUUGUCAGAACAGAAGAUCAUCAUCAUCAUCAUUAAAAACACCACUGAAACAGAGGAAGAACAAAACUACAGUCAGUUAAUUUCAUACAUUUUUGUCAAAUAGAAACAAACUUGGAGUCAAAUAUCAGGAGUCUAAAAUAAAUGACAUAAAUCUAAUCAGAAAUGUAAUCAACAAGUGUAUACCUACUGUAUAUAUGUGAGAAAACAUAAAACCAUACUUUUUUUUAACAAACUGGAGUGAGUCAGAUAUGAGGAGUCUACCAGUAAUGGAAGGAAGGAUCUUAUCACGAUUGUAACCAGUAAAUAUAGUAUGUGAGAAAACCUGAACAAUCCUAUUGAGAAGAAAGACACAAUUAUGGUGUGAGGGAAUCCAUCAAGUGACUCAUUGUAUUGUGUCUCGUAGACCUACCAACUUCUAAUUAGAGAAAGGUCACUGACUCACUGCAAGAAAUAUGCCUGCGACUAUCUCUAGGCUAGUUUCCCCCCACACUAUCUGUCUGUAUCUCUGUCUGUCCGUUUUGUCUGUCUCCCAGACAAAAUGAGUUAAACGCCUGCUCUCUCUAGAGGAAGGAAAUGGCUAAAACAGUAAUAUAAUGUGUGUGUUAAGUACAUUUGUUCACUUUUACCAUGCCUCUUCUGCAUCCUCUGUUUGAUUUAUACCAUCUUCAGACAUGCUUUUGCUGCAUAGUUGUAGUCAGGCGGAAGCCACAUUGUCAUCUGGAUGGCCAUUCCAGUACUAUCAUUAAGUCACUAUAACCUCCUGGGUUAAAAAACAACUACUACUACCAAAUCUCAGUGCCAAAGUUGUGUAGAUAGAAUGCAUGGAGAAAGAGUUCAAACAACUACCUCUACAUAACCACAGUGCCAAAGUUGUGUUGACAGGAUAGAUUAAUGCAGAGGCUUUGGUUUAGGGCACGCAAGAGCUUAAAUUAGAGAAGGUGCCUCUUAAAACCGCUCCUUACAUUCUGUAAACAACACCCACUUCCUGAUACCCACUAUACCAACCUGUUUCUCUAUGUGCUUUCAAACAUGUGCUUGUCAAUUAGUAAAAUAAUCAAAACACUGUCAUGGUCAACAUAAAAUAACAUUAAGGAA